UAUGUUGUAAUAUGUCGCUUAAGCGUACGGACGGUCAUUCGAUUGACAGACACACCAUUGCGGUUAAAGUGAAAGUGAUAAAUCGAUAUGCGUCGUUCAUUAUUAGGCAACUUUGAACUUUUUUCAAACUUCACACAGACUUGCAUGUUUAAUGUAAGAAAAUAUGGAAUUUUGAAUGUGAUUUCACCCCCAGUGUAUGAAGGACGACAGCUUGAAACAUUGAUGCAAGCAUACAUAUCAUUAACAUGUAUCGGAUUCAUAUGCAUAUUGGUGAACUGCACGUGCUGUAGCCUUGUAGGCGGAAGUGGCGAUGAAUCUGACCAAUAGCGUCCCAGUAGUCACAGUUUUUCAUUUCGUGAAGCAAUUAUUAAAUGCCUCAACUCAGAUGCGCAUGUUUAACUACAUGGUUUUAUGUCGCACGAGAUAUUGAACGACAAUAACAACUUACAUGAGAAUGUAAACAAGUGUGCAUGCUUGCUGUAGAAAGCUUCACAUGCAAAACAAAAGUGAAUAUUUUAUGGCUGCGGUAGGUUAGCCUAAUCCAGUCAGUGCCUAGAUGAUAUAGAUACUUGUCGAGUGUAGGCUUUGAACCUGUAAAACCUGGACGACAUGGGCAACGUACCUGGCCAUUGUAUGGGGCGGAACCGGAACCGACUCAGCGCAUACCUCACACCGGCAGAAAAAACAAUUCUCAAAUCCACACUCGAGUUCAUCAAGGAUGACCUGCAUGAUCUCGGCGUGAUCGUCUUUGUUAGAUUUUUUGAGACCGAACCAAAAUUGAAGCGCCUCUUCCCUAAAAUCGUGCGUGUAAAUGAGAAUAAUGAGCUGGAGCUUGAGUUGGAUGGGGAGAUGCUGAGGAAACACGGACACAACGUCAUGCACACACUAGGUGGCGCCAUAGAAAACAUGGAGGAGAGCGAUUUUAUGAACACAGUAAUCACAGCAAUCGGUUCUACACACGUUCGACGAAAGGUCAAAGGCAAAAUGUUGUACCACCUGUGGCCGUCCUUGGACUACGGACUACGUGACAUGUUGCAGGAGCGAUACACGCGCGAGGUAGCCGCUGCCUGGAAGAAAUUAUUCUACUACACCAUCAACCAGAUGAGAAGGGGAAUGAAGGCCAGCAAAUUCGGAAUGAACAAAACCUCUGAGGUCUGAUCCUAGAGAAGUAAAACAAUAUCCGAAUAUGAGGCCAUGGCAUAUUGGCUGAAGCCACUUUGUGUUCGAGGCUUUGGUGUGUUUGGGUAUGAUAGCCCAUGUUGAAGGACCAGGACUGACAUUGCGGCCUUUGCUGUUUUGCUCGUUUUGCACAUUUUAAUGCCGUGCACGACUUGGAUAUCAGAAUAAAUAUCCUUGUAUUGUUGCCAGAUAAUAAAAACUUAUCUGGGAGAAAUAAUCCAGAAAGACAUUACAUUUCCUGUCGUUUUGGUGAAUAUACAUGUAUGGAGAGCUACAGAGAAUAUAUUGCUAUAUUUUUUCGAUCGUGAUGAACUAUUUAUGGUACUACACCUGACUAUUUAUAAGGAACUCUCGUGGUAUUACUAUGGAGAUUCUUUUCAUGUCGCAACUUUGUCAUGUUUGGCUGGCCUUGAUCUGAAUGUUUAUCUUGCAAUAUCGUUGUGCCUUGACACUUACCCAGCUUUCAACUGUUUUACAAACGUUAUCACCUAUAUAUUUAACAAGUUAAUUUGUACUUAGCUUCAAGUUUGCCUCUGUUUUAGCGUAAAUGUUAUUUGUAUUGAUAAUGUAAUUACAAUGAAAUACAAUGUAACUGUUUUAGAUAGGGACAGAGGUAAGUAUGGGCCAUGUAUUUACAGUUUGAAUACAAAAUCCCUCGAUAUCCUUUUGAUAUGUUUAUAUCCUUCAGUUAACCUAACGAGUCACGUUCGUUUAUUCCAAACUUAGAUAUAGAUCGAGUCAGAAUCAUUUGUGACGGGAAUAUGUUUUUUACGGGAGUCUUUCAUGAAAAUGGUCUUCAACGAAGAAAUAAAUUUUAAAAAUUGGAAAAUUAUAUUAAGUUUUAAAAAUAAGGUUAUUACACUUUACUUAUAAAAUAAAUGGUUUAGGGUCACCUUUUUCUUUAUAGAAUUUCCUUUUUUUUUCGAUAGUUCAGUAAUUGUCAACAAAGUAAGUUCUAAGAAAUCCGUUGGGUCAAUGGACUGAUUAAUACACGUUAGUAUAUGUACGUUUGUGUAUUACUAUACUCAGUAAAUAUAAUCUAUCGAUUUAAAAAUUACCUCUUUUCAAGAUAUCUUAAUAUUUGAAUUUUAUUAUUUAUGAUACCUUUAUACAUAUAUUAACAACUUAAUACUCUAAAGAUUUCACGUAACUAUUCCAUACAGCUUAUCAUCAGUGACGAAAUAAAGGGUACUAGAAUAUGAGCCAAACUAUUGAAGUCCCAAUUAACGUAUCAUUUUGAAAAUUUACGAGAUUCAGAAAAUUCCAGUCUGUAAUUAUGCAAAGAUAAGAUUAAAACAUCUUUUAGAUAAGUAGUAUCUAUUAAGAAAAAACUUUGAGAGGAUAUCGAAACAAAUGAAAAUUAAAGUGGGUGCUACUUAAAAUUCAAACUGCAGUUCAGAAGGCCUUUUCUAAAAAAAAACCCGUGACCAAUCUACAUACUUAAAUUGACAGGUGCGUUUACAGGAUUUUGCACGUGCUGCGCACUUUUCGUGACGUUAUAUCACAGGUAAGAUGCAGAUAUAUUCGAGGGCUAGCUGUGAAUAGGACGGGCACGUGUUAAUAGUAAAUACCAACCUCUCAUGCCUGAAAUAUUUUCAUUUCAUUUCAGCAAUGAACGUCAAUGGAGGUAUUCUUACAAAGUGAAUAUCAACAGCUUUAUAUAAAUACCAACACACAUUAUUGUCUUAAGUAUUUCUGAUAAGUUAAUUUUUAACAAUAUCGAUAUAUAUAUUAUAAUUUCUAUUAGUCUUUAUAGUGAAAUUUACAUAUAUUGGGGUUUUUAAAAUGUACGAUUUGCAUUUCUUUACAGUAUCGCCGUUUCUGUCUGAUUAAAAUUACAUUUCACAUCCCCCUACAUCUCCUGGUCUUUUAAAGAUAAACCGAUCAAAACAUAUGUUACUAAACACAAUUUUACAAUAUCAAUUUUCAAUGCAUUUCUCAUAUGAAACCGUGCCACUAGCCGAAUGAAUUGAAAUGUAUCGUGCAGGUCACAAUAUACCUGGAUGACUAUUUAGUUUCCCAGCAGAGUUUAUCACCUGUCUCCCUAGAUGUUGUGCCUAGUCCACAUACAUUACUUGCCAAAUCAUUAUUAUCAUUAUUUCCACAUUUACUUAUUUCCUCUAUCAAGACCUCGUUAGCGAUGCCGGGGACGAAACUGCUGGAAAUCUAUCUAACGGGUUAAAGGUAAACAUGCAGAGAGUAUUUUAUAAGCAUCCUAUUAAAGAUGUACAAAUCUUUUGAUAAUGUAUUUAAUUGUGUGUUCGUCGGCAUUCUUGUUUCAAAAACCAAUGAAUACAUUCAUAAUGCAGCGAUUUCUUACAAAGGAAGGGAGACAACGCUGUUAUAACUGUACGUUUUAUACUCAGGAUUGCAAUUGAAGGCGGAACAUCCAUACCUUACUUGGCUCGCUGUAGACACGUAGAUCGAGGGCUGUAUUUAUUGUCUGACAUUUAUACAAUAGCUACCACAGUUACUACAAUGUGAAUUCAUGUCUUUACUAAUUGACUUUCCCAGUGGUGUGACCAAAUGUUGGUAGUAGUUAUGUCCUAUAUAUAUAUAUAUAUAUAUAUAUAUCAUGUAGGUUUAAUACAUUACGAUCACUGGAUCCGUAUUUUGGUACAGUUUGGAUACUUUAAAAAGACAAGAUAGGUCAUGGCGCUCUUUUUUAUUUUUCGGUAACCAUUUCUCCUCAGUAAUUAGGUAUCAGAUACAGUAAAUUCGAAGUUAUCAUUCAAUUUUGUAAUUAAAGUCAUUGUUAAUAUGAAAUCCUGUUAUUUUUCCAGGUGUACUAAUCAUUAAGAAAGAAAUGUUUGGGAUUUAAUUUAAAUCACUAAAAACAUCUCUUAACUGAAUCAGUUAUGAAAAGGUAAUUAAUGACCAUUGUACACUACAUACACAAUAUGGUAGACCGUUCACUAUGCCUUUCUCACUCAUGUCUCGUUUUCAUCUCAUGACCCUGAUACAUUUAUAUAUAUGUGAAUACUUAUAUGGUACAUGAUAUUUGCAUAGUUUGUGAAAAAGUGUUGAAAAAGCUUUAUUAAACAAUGAAAUGAUAUAAAUUAUCUACAUAUUGACUAUGUAGGAAGCCUGCGAUAAUUUUCUGUGUUUACAAUAAAAUGUACGUAGUUCUACUAAAAUGAAAUGGUUUUAUUCGCUUUUUUCAUUCCUUCGCCAGUGAUUCAGUUUCUUAUUCUUUCUGUGCAUUUUCAGGAGUCUUUGUGUAAAUCUGUAUUUUGUUCAUAUUUUACCCUAUUUUCAUCGCAUUUAUAUUUUAAUAAAGAUUAAGCCAAUAUAUUCUUUGUCGUUCACGUUGAAAUCACUGUAUGCCAUGUAGAUUAGCUUUCGACAUAUUCAAUGUAUUAUCUUAUUUCGUGUUCAUGAAAUAUAUUUUGAGAUUAGAUAUCAAUACUGUCAAUAGGAAUCAUUAAAUAUCUUGCUUCAACGUAA